UAUUCGGGAUGGUUUUAUCGAACUGCUCAAAUCGUAUAAGACGUUCGUUAUUCUUCUUAUUUUUCACAAGGUAUAGUUCCCACUUUAACGACAGUCCUUGGUCACUAGAGCAUCCUUUGACAAUGAAAUUACAGGGUAUUUUAAUCGUUAUAUGUUUCGUGAUCACACAGUUAUUGACAAAUUUUUCAACAGGGAAUCCACUGGAGACUUUAGUACGAAGAAAUAAACCAAGUAGUCAUUCGCUUGAGGAAUUUGAGAAGACAUGUGAAAUGUGUGGACAGCUGUAUGGGUAUGACACAACCUACGACUGCAUGACAGAUCCUUCCAACAAAGUGUUCCGUCUAUGUUUGAGGGCAGUUGGGAGAAAAUAACUCAUUUUCGAAACAACAAGAAAUGAUAAAAUAAAAAUGUUAAGAGUGAAAAGCUUGUCUACUGACUAUUAUGUGUACAUCUAAUGGUUCAUAAGAAGUAAACAAAUUAUUUUCUCGAUUUGUUCGUGAAGAAUCUAUUUUAAUACGUCAUGAAUAUUAGGACAAGACUUCUUAAAACUACAGAUUACAAUGUUAUAUAUUCAUACGAUGUAACAAAGACCAUCAAAGAUUUUCAAAUUUGUUACUAAAAUUUCACAAAAUAAAAAUAUUUUAAAAUGA